CUCUCAUUUGACUCUCGGAGAUGUCAGCGAGCACACAUCUUAAGGACCAAGAAGAACCUUUGCACAGAAUGUGAAGUGGGAACUCAACCACAAAACCCAGAAGUUCUGAUUGGCGUGUUAAAGCAUGAAAGGAGUAGUGAGGUGAGGUGACCCUCAAAUCCAAGAAGAGGAAGGAGCAACAAAGCAACAGCUGAGGAUGUUUUGUUCUCCUGGAGGACCAACCAAUUUACGGGAUAUCCUUUGGCAUCCUCGGGGACUUGGAUCUGUGCUUUUGUUUAUUUACACUUGUGCAGGAGGCCAUAACAAGUUCAUGACGCGGAAACACACGUGUGGCUGAAAAUUAGGAAAGUAAACUGAGGAAUAAAAUCUAGUCGGGGGGAUUAGAAAAGAACCUAACCACCAGCCCAGCGCUUUAUAUGACUGUCGAGCUGCAGAUAAGCGGAAUCUGCUGCUAUGGUCCCAGACUCCAGCGUCUUACAAUUUUGCUUCUCCUGCCUUCUUCCUUUUUUGACGAGCGGUGAAGCCAUCUUUCCCGAAAGGCCACUUUGUGUCCCUCAUGUAUAAGCUUGACCUCCGUGGACCCCUUGCGGACUUCACGAUGAUGUCCUUCAUUUUCAACUGAUGAAACUUUGCAGCCAAUUUUUUUGUAAAUUCUUUUUUUCCUGAAAAUGUCCACCGUGGAUCUGCAGCACCGGGCAGCGGGACUCAGCGUGGCCGAAAAAGCCAUGUGCCAGCUGGUCCACCAGGGACCCCGGCCGCGCUCUUCUCUACGCCCUCUUCGCUCGGAGCUCGGACUUUACGUGGAGAGGAUUCACAACCUGCAGAAGAAGAGGAUGGAGGCGUCCUGUUUGGAGCUGGCUCUGGAAGGAGAACGCCUGUGCAAAUGUGGAGACUUUAAGGGGGGCACAGCCUUCUUCGAGGCAGCGGUCCAGGUUGGUACAGAAGACUUGAAGACGCUGAGCGCCAUCUACAGCCAACUGGGCAAUGCCUACUUCUACCUGAAAGAAUAUGCCAAAGCCUUGGAGUACCAUCGCCAUGACCUCAUGCUGGCCAGGACGAUUGGCGAUCGUAUCGGAGAAGGAAAAGCCAGCGGGAACUUGGGGAACACUUUGAAAGUCCUGGGGCGGUUUGAAGAAGCAGCUGUGUGCUGUCAUAGACACCUCGAUAUUUCCCGUGAGCUGCAUGAUAAGGUGGGAGAGGCACGGGCACUGUAUAACACUGGGAAUGUGUACCAUGCCAAAGGCAAACAGCAGUCAUGGAGCUGCACCCAAGAUCCUGGGGACCUGCCACCUGAAGUGCGUGACACCCUCGAGAAAGCCACCGAUUUCUACAAGAUGAACUUAUCCCUGGUGAAGGAGCUUGGAGAUCGGGCAGCACAAGGCAGAGCCCUGGGAAACCUUGGAAACACCCAGUACCUGCUGGGGAACUUCACCGAGGCGAUUGCCUUUCACCGAGAGCGCCUGUCCAUUGCAAAGGAGUUUGGGGACCGAGCUGCUGAGCGAAGAGCCUACAGUAAUCUAGGCAAUGCUCACAUCUUCCUGGGGGAGUUCAGCGUGGCUACUGACUAUUACAGGAAGACUCUGCAGUUGUCUCGGCAGCUCAAAGACCAGGUGAUGGAAGCGCAGGCCUGCUACAGCUUGGGGAACACUUACACGCUGCUGCAGCAGUACGAGAAGGCGGUGGACUAUCACCUCAAGCACCUGUGCAUUGCCCAGGAGCUGGCAGACAGGGUGGGGGAAGGACGUGCCUGCUGGAGUUUGGGGAACGCCUAUGUGUCUCUGGGGAACCACCGCAAAGCCCUGCAGUUUGUCAGGAAGCACCUGGAAAUCUCCUGUGAGAUCGGAGAUCGCAAUGGAGAGCUAACGGCCCGCAUGAACCUCGAGCAGCUCCUGGCAGCCCUGGGAUUGUCUGAAAGUGACCUGUCACCCUGCGGAUCGGAGACAGAAGUACAAGGAGCGCGGCCCAAAAUCCCCAAGAGAAACAGCAUGGACAACGUCAACUUAUGGAAAUGCUCAUCUGAGAAGGAUGAGAAUGGUGACAACCAUCAUCUAGAAGAGUCUCCGAGCCGAACCCAGUGUCAUCUCUCUGGGCGAAUUAAAUCUAAAGGCUUUGAUGACAGCCAACCAGCUGAGGUGAAGAACUGGCUGGACCAGAGAGCUUCACCAGUGGGCACCAAUGACAUCAGAGUUCAAGUAACCCCGUCGAAGAUCAGCCGUGACCCAUCGGAUGAAGAAUGCUUUUUCGACCUCCUCAGUAAAUUCCAGAGCAAUCGCAUGGAUGACCAGCGCUGUCCUCUGGAUGAGCAGCAGAAUGGCACUGAGGGAGCGUCCUCCAGCCAGGUUUCUCCUCUUGAAGGUGGGACUGUGCCAUCCUCCCUGAUGACGUCUCCCCAGACAGAGGAGUUCUUCGACCUGAUUGCCACUUCUCAGAGUCGCCGCUUAGAUGAUCAGCGUGCCAAUGUUAGCAACUUGCCGGGACUCCGAAUAACUGAGAACAACCUGGGGCACCUCUGCGGGGACACGGACGCCCAGGAGCCCAGUGACGAGUUCUUUAACAUGUUGAUGAAGUGCCAGUCUGCUAGAAUUGAUGACCAGCGCUGCUCCCCGCCUGAUCCAGGACCCCGGGCUCCCACUGUCCCCGACGAGGACUUUUUCAGCCUCAUUCAGCGUGUUCAAGCCAAGCGAAUGGACGAGCAGCGUGUCCACCUCCCUUUAGACGAAUCAGAAGAUUCUAAUGGAGAACAAGAUUCCUCCCCUCCCCUCAAGCUUGAGUAAAAUUGUUGUCCUGCCUCGUCAUUUUUCUGGAAAAGGGAACCUCCCCCCUCUAUCCCCUGCCCCCACCCCCAAGUGACUGGAUCAAUGUUUUAAUAUACUGGGAAUAAACCAAGCACCAGCAUCAGCAACCGAACAAACUGGACCAAGCUUUGGGGAAUCGAUCUCCUGGUUUCCACCAAAGAACCCCGUGACUUGAUUGCACUGACAGGGUCCCGAGCCUCACCUUGAAGUCCACACUGACCAUCAGACCCAUCUGCUGUGGGGGGGGGGCGGAGGGGUUGGGUGUGUGCGUCUCCCAGCUAACAGAUGAGCAGGCGUUACGACUUUGUAUUGAAUUUGGACUUGCGUGUGAGGGACGACUGGGUUUGCAGGCUGAAGAAAGCGUUACUGGGGGUCUGCCUCACGUCCAUCUACUCCUUCCUCCUCUAGCUCUGGUUUUUCCAGGUUUCCUUCACCUUAAGUGUGUUUUGUUUCAGGAUGCGUUUACGGCUAUCAGUAAUCAGUUGGCUGAUUUGUUUGACUGUGAAAGUUGUGCUGGAGUGCAGUGGGUUCAGACAAGGUUGCUGUAGGAGAAGCACUAAAUGACUUUGUUACGUUUCCAACACGUGGUGCACACGCGUUCAUGUGGUUAUGGAAGGAGAUACUGGGCAGAAACAUUUAUCUCAUGUAGAAGUUUUAUGGUGUGGUCAUCGUGUGAAGUGUCUGUCCACUAAGUGGCCAAAGAGCGACCUUCGCUCCACGUCCAUUUGUUUAAGUCCACCUCUCCAGUACCGAGGCCUGAAAUGAUUUCUAAUGGAUUCAGUGAGUAGGAGCUACGAGUUUUAAGUAUUUUGGGGGGUCUUGUUCACCUGUGAGGGACAAUGGGAUCAAGAGAUUGACCGAUGGAUCGACCGGAGUCUGCAGUCACACGUGGUGAAGGGAGACCACUGAGCUCUCGAUUUACCUGGUGACCUACCAGCCUACCCUUUACCCGUGGGCCGUGAAUGUUGGGUAAUUGACCAGAAGAACGAGGUCAUGGAAACAAGCAGCAGAAGUGAGCUUCCUUCUCCAAGUGUCCGCACUCGUCCUUAGAGUUAGAUUGAGGACAGCAGACAGUCGGGAGGAUCUCAAAGUCGAAAAGGGCCACUGGAGAGGGGUGGGACAUCUGAGCAGGAUGUCUUCCUGGAUGCCAACCAAGGUUUUGGGGCUUGGCCAACCAGGAGGAGACCACCAGGAAGACCCCAGACGUGCUGGAGAGAUGAUAUCUCCCUCCCAGAUGGCCUGGGAACACCUUGGUGUCCUCCUGGAGGAGUUGGUGGGGAAAAGAGACGUCUGGGAGUCUUUGGAUGGAUAGAUGAAUGGAUGGAUUGAUAGACAGAUGGAUGGUGGAUUUUUAUUAGUUACUGGAAACGUUCUUUAGGGUUUUUGGUUCCUGCUGACUUGAUAGCCUCAUGCUGUUCCCACGGAUCCCCCUCAUCCCAAAGGCACUCUAUUGGUGCUAGGAUUGAGUUUCAUUUUCGGUGUCAUGUGAUAGGCACCAACCAAUCGGACCACAAUUAGGAUUCGGCAUUUUUCAAAACUCUCCAUUGUCCCCUCUUUCUUAUCAGUUGGGCCAUUGGGACGGUCGUUUUGGGUUUUUUUCUUGAGUUGGGUUCCAAUCUCCAGUGGUGGCAACUUUCCAUCAUUUUUGGGACCCUUUUUGUCUACCAUUUUGGUUUUUCACACUCGCCUCCGUUCUGUAGCUGCCAUCGUUAGGGCAAAUUUUUAAGGACCCGUCCUCUGUGUGGGUCAUCACGACGUGAUGGGUCAAAAGGCCCACCCCGUCCCAGUUGUGGACCCCAAACCCUUUUCCUGGUUUGCUCUUUCCAGCUGUCUCUGCUGCUCAUACUUCGUCGUAUCCUAUUAUUCACCUUAUUUUAUUUGUUGGUUUUCAUCUCUUUCAAACUGUCAGUCCCAGUUUGCUUCCAGACAUUCCAGUUGGAUUGUCAAACUGAAGUUCUGGUCGUGUUGAUGUAACGGGAGCUUUGCGAUGGGUCUGCGGCCAUAAAGGAGUGGUCAGCAACAUGUCUUAGGUGCACUUGGGCCAAGAAGAGCAUUCUACACACUCUUAUUAAAGUGUUGACACACGGCAGGAGGGGUCCAUGUCGUGCAGGUGGCAGCAGGGGACGUCGAUCUGAGCGUAAAUUGUCACAUGUCGAUGAUCACACACCCACUGAACCCUCACUUAUUGGAUAUUCACCUGCAUGAUCUCAGUGCUUCGGAGGCCAUUCUCAUAUUAGUCGUGUAGUGUGACAUCCCCAGUCCAACCAGUCUGUGACUCGCCACAUUGAAACAAACAGACGGAGUUUUGUCUCAAGUCGAAGGGGUGGGCUCAGUGUGGGUGAGAGUCAGGUCAAGUAGGCACCAUCCUAAAGGGCUCCAAAACCCAUCCAUGAGCCCCUCCAGACCUCCAGUACCAGAAAUGUCCACCUAUCAGGUCAAAAAGUGCAAAUCUCCAAUUGAGGGAAUUAUCAGUUUCAUAGGUGGUCACGAUGGCACCAGAUCUCCAAGGGGAUUCGGUCAUCGAUUACAUAAGCAAACACCAUCUGGGACUCGCCACACUGAAAGAAACAAACAGACGGAGUUGUGUCUGAUGCUGUCCGCUUUUGUAUGUCAUGAAAUAGGAAUUUCAAAAAUGGCCACUAGAGGGGGGAAAUCCUGUCAAAAACCCUGGCUGGAGUCCAAAAAGGGCCUCAUAGAGUCUUUACAAAAUAAAAGUUUCAUUUCACAAAAGUACUCUUCGGUAACAAUGAAGCUUGGUGGAGCACAAAGGCAAAAGGAAUUUGCCCAAAACAAUGAAGGCAUUCCAAUGCCACCCAGUAUGGGAAAGGCGCUAUAUAAAUAAAAUGGCAGAUAGUCAUCGUCCAACCUGCUAUAUCCUAGCACAGGGUCACGGGGGGCUGCUGGAGCCAAUCCCAGCCAGCACAGGGCGCAAGGCAGGAGCAAACCCUGGGCAGGGCACACACCUUCUUCCUCCUCGUCCCAUUCCCCUUCUUCCUCCUCAUCCCGUUCCUCUUCUUAUUCCUCAUCCCGUUCCCCUUCUUCCUCCUCAUCCCAUUCCCCUUCUUAUUCCUCAUCCCGUUCCCCUUCUUCCUCCUCAUCCCAUUCCCCUUCUUAUUCCUCAUCCCGUUCCCCUUCUUCCUCCUCAUUCCAUUCCCCUUCUUCCUCCUCAUUCCAUUCCCCUUCUUCCUCAUCAUCCUGUUCCCCUUCUUCCUCCUCAUCCCAUUCCCCUUCUUCCUCAUCAUCCUGUUCCCCUUCUUCCUCCUCAUCCCAUUCCCCUUCUUCCUCCUUAUACCAUUCCCAUACCAUUUCUCUCUCUAGCUUCUCUACUUUCCUCCAUGGUAUUCCAGUAACCUUCUCGCUCCUCAGGGUCUCCUCCUACACCGAGACCCCCCCCCCAAUCCCAUCUCCAUGUUUUCCUCAUCCUUCCAGUUCCUCUUCUCUGUCCCUGAUUUCUCGAGCCUCUCUACUGUACGUCAACCUACUGCUACCAUGAAGUGGAUCUUGGGUUGGAGACCGAUGGUCCCCACCUCGUCUAACUCAGGGUGACAGGGAGCCCCGGGGUGAGGCACCUCAUGCCGUGAACUCCAAUGACGUCUUUGAAGAGGGCGACGCGGAUUUGUACUUUUCGUAUUGCGGGGUUUUCGUUUCGGCACCAGGUCUCGACGGGGACGCUGGCAUCAACGAGAUGGCGCUGCGUUGUUUGCUGGUAUUUGCUCACUUUGGGCCACGUUUUUCAAGUAUUGGUAAAAUAUUUCACAAAAGAGCGUUGGGGGGGGGGGGGGGGGUCUCCACUUCCACUGUCCCAAGUGUUGGCAGGUUUCCCAGUUUCUUGUUGGAUCCCAGUGGGUUGAUUUGGGUGUUUUCUGACACCGGUCAACAGGAGAAGACCCUUCAGUGUCAUAAAGUGAAAUCGGAUCUCUGCCAAGCGGUGCAAAAUGAAAUGACACGUGUGGCCCACAAAAGAAUGGAGUGCAGAAGUCGCCACCAUUUAGUAGAUGUCAUCCGCCUUUGAUGGUCCGACCACAAAUUCUUGUCGUCUUGAAGCUGUUUUGCCAUUGGUGGGGGCUCAGUCAUUCUGAUAGGACCACCGGCUGCAUUGGGUGGGGUGGAGCCCAGACUGUCACUGGUACUUACCUGUUUGACGCUUCCCCUGCAGCAUUUUUGGGUCAAUGGGAUCAUUGAGUCGGGGCCCACCCUCUUCCUAUAGCAGCCCCUCGACCAAUCCCACCAGGUCCCACCUUUCUUUUCAAGCUCUGUCAGUUGUCAUGGCGAUCAAACAUCAUCUGCCUUUUUGCAAGUCUGGUCACAAAUUCCCAAUUUUGGAUUGAGAUCGUCACUCUGACUCCGCCCCCUUUGGGGACAUUCACAUUGUUGUCUUG